AUGGCCAUUCUCUUCCCCAUCGGCUACUGGCUGUACACCUCGAACCCGCUCGGCCUGUGGCUCUUCCGCUACACCCAUCCUGAGCUGGCGACCGAGGCACCACGGGCACCGUGUGCAGAGCGGGCUGCGGUGGUGCUGGGCAAGGGUGUGCGAGUCGAGAUUGUGCCUGUUCUUAACGACAACUACUGCUACGUGGUCGUCGACCCAGCCGUCGGCCGCACCCAUCGCGCCGUGCCCGGCCAGCGCAUUGCCCUCACUCCCGGCUUUACCGUCGACGUCAUCUCGGUCCCGUGCCACACUACCGGCCACGUGGCCUACCACAUCGUACCGACGGCAGGUGACAGUGCACCCAGUGCCGUCUUUACCGGUGAUGUGCUGUUUGCUGGUGGCGUCGGUCACUUCUUCGAGGGCUCGGCCGCGGUGAUGCUGACCUCGCUCGACGCGUUGGCGAGCCUGCCGCGCGACGCCCUCGUCUUUCCCGGCCACGAGUACACGGUCUCCAAUCUGCGAUUUGGGUUGAGCAUUCUGCCGUCGUCAGAGGCGGUGGUCACAUCGCUCGCCGCGGCUCAGGCCGCCCGCGCCGUCGGCCACCCGGCUGUGCCGACCAGUAUUGGCGCCGAGCGCGAGCACAAUGUCUUUCUCCGCACCGACGACGAAGCUGUGGCGCAGAGCGUCAUCGCCUGGGCUGCCCGCCAGUCGUCGCCGAGGGUAGCACAGCUUGCGGGUGUGGCUCGCGCGCAAGGCCAUGGUGCGUCGCGCGGCCAGCGCCGCGCAGCCAUCCUCGCGCUACUCCGCGCGGCCAAGGACGCGUUCCGGUAG